AUGGCUCCUGCUGAAUAUGAUGACAUAUAUGAUGAUUCUUCAUCAGAUUUUAGAAGCGCGGAAAGACAUAAAAUAUCUAAACAUGAGGACGAAUCAGAAGACAGUUCAACUAAUAUUAAACUCCUCUCCAUAAAUCCUUUCAGAAUCAGUUCUGGAAAAAAGACUGAUAUUAUUUUCGAAAUACAACCAGACACAAUUAAAGAAGGAUACGGACGUUUUGGAGAAACGAUUGUUUCUUGUCCUUCGACUUCUCAACCAAUCAUUAUUUGCCAAACACCAAAAUUAUCUCCGGGAGAAUUUCAGAUUUCUUUUUCAAUUGAUAACCAUACAUGGACUAAUUCAAUCCCGUUGUUUGUUUAUCAAACAAACUUUACAUUUCAGAUAAUUCUUACAAUAAUAUUAUUUGGAUUCGGAUUUGGUGGUCUAAUUUUAGCAUUUAUAGUAAUGAAUGGAAACAUGGAUCCUAAUCUUAAAUCUAAAAAGCCUGCAGCUUUAUCACAUAAUCUCCGAAACGCAGAUUAUUUAUAA